AUGCUGACGUUACCUUUGGACUUGAUAGUUUAUAUUACCGAGAUAGGUGAUUUAAGCAUCAAGGAUAUAUUCCAUUUGACACAAGUCAACCAACUAUUAAGAUUAAAACUCCUGCAUCCGUAUUUUUGGCACAAUGUGUAUAAUCGACAUUUAGGAAGGGUAUUUGACACUUAUGAGAUUGAUAAACUGGUUGAACCAAAUGAUUAUUAUAAUGAAUGUAGAUCAUAUUAUUGGAAAUAUCUUGAAAUUGAAAAAGAACUACAUGAUUUUGAUGAAAUGAAAAAUAGAAAAAUUGAUAAAUAUAUUGAAAAAUAUAGUUUUGAUGAUAAUUACCUACCACCUUUGUUAUAUCAUUUACAACAUGAAGAAAACAAAUGGAGACAAGAUAUAUUAAAUUGUUCCAAAUUCAUUGAAUUUUCUUCUUCUUCAUUUUUAGCAAAAUUGGUUGCAGGUCAAACAUUUCGAAUAGGAUUGAAUAAACUACUUGAUUGUUACAAAUCUCCAGAGAACCUAGACUCAUUUGAUGAGUUUAAUUUUGCUUGCAGUUUAUUACAAAAGAAGAGUUAUAAGAUUAUAAAUAAUCGACGAAAGUUUUUCAAUAAAAUUAGAAAAGUUCUUAACCAUUUCAUGACAGUAAAGCAUCCUUUACCAAUCAUCAACGAUUCCUAUUGUUUUCAAAAUAAUGCCGAUUAUUCCCAAUACGUGGCAAGUCUUAUUUAUUCGUUGCUUUUAAAAUUUAAGAAUUGGACUACUUUUGAUGCAGAUUAUAUAGAAUCUUAUAACACGCUAACUGUGUCUUCUGGAAUCAAAGGUCAUCAUCAUAUUAUUACAUCGAUGAUAGUAAAAGUUAUUAAAGAAGAAUUGGGUAAGUUGAAUAUUAAAAUUCACAACAAUGAAGAGAAAGAUAAAAUAAAUUUAACUUAUAGUGGUGCAAGAAUUGGGGAUUCAUUAAUUUGGUUUAUUUUUGGGGAAUUACAUUUUUUUACAGUUGGAGAUUUUGAUAGAGUUGCAUUAGAACGCUUUGCAAGUUCCGACAACUCUUUACUUUCACCAUUAUCCAAUCAUGGAUCUUCGGACAUGUAUAAAAUUGAAGAUUCAAUUAUUGAUCGACUACUGGGGAAGAAAUACUUGCAAAAAAUUUAUAAUCCGAAUGCUUUUUGUGAAAACUAUUCAGUUCUUCUUUGUAAAGUUUUAUUUCCAAAAUUAAUGCAGGAAUCUAUGUCAAAAUUUUCACUGUUUUUUAUUUCAACUACAGAUAUAAUCACUCGAGAUAUUAAAGAAUCACUUCGGGUGUUUCUUUCUGGUGAAAAUUCUUUUUACUAUUCUUUCUUCAAACAUGGUAAGCUUAACAUAUUACCAAAAGAUUUUGUGCCUGGACCUGGUUUUCUUGAGACUGAUUAUAGUCCUAAUGAAUAUCAAGGUAAUAUGGUUAUGAUUAAGAGAUUAAGAAUUCCUGCGGUUGUAAUUGGACAAAAUCCUGAUGGUGUUACAUACAAGAGUUUAUGUAUUGAUUCAAAAUAUUCCAUUAAUAAGAGUACACUGUUUGAAGUAAUGGAUGAUAUUUCCCCUCAAGACAUACUUCGGUUCAUUGAUUGUAUAGGUCCUGCUAAUUUAUCAUAUCUGAGAAUUUAUGGAGUCAGUUUUGAUGAUGGUAAGACUCCAAAGUUUUUAAUAGAUUAA